CAUGCUGAUGUCAGAGAUUUUCUUCCCCACGCAGCUCAACAUGGUGGGAGGAUCUCUUGUGCGUUGAGUCACGCAGCUGUCAAAGAUAGCUGUCACCCAGUUUCAGGAUCAAACACACACACACAAACACACACACACACACAGACAGAGAGUCAACGAGGAAAAAGGGGCUUUGAGAGCCAAAGGGACGGAGAGGUCUCAGGUAAAUCCCCCCCAACCAUCAUCAUCUCUCAAGACUCGCAAAAGGACCAAGAGAAGAGAGACCAAGAUCCAAAAAAAAAGAUUUUUUUUUAAAAAAAGAAACUUGAUGAAUAAGGAUUUUUCUUCCUGGGAUAGCUACACGCUGAACGACAAGGGGGAAAAAACAGAGGAAUUAGUGGGAUAUUUGUUUUUCUUCAAACGGAGAUGAAGACGAAAAAAGGUCUGACAAUGCUGUCAGGGAGCGAGACAGACGACGAGGACAGCGUUGACGCCCCCCUGGAUCUGUCCUCGAGCGCCGGGAGCAACGGGAAGAGGAAACGGAGAGGGAACCUGCCCAAAGAGUCGGUCCAGAUUCUCAGGGAUUGGCUGUACGAGCACCGUUACAACGCGUACCCAUCGGAGCAGGAGAAGGCCCUCCUCUCUAAGCAGACUCAGCUCUCCACGUUGCAGGUGUGUAACUGGUUCAUCAACGCACGGCGACGACUCCUCCCAGAGAUGCUCAGAAAAGACGGCAAGGACCCCAACCAGUUCACCAUCUCCAGGAAAGGGAGCAAGGCCAGCGACGGCUUCUCCGACAGCUCCCAGUCCCCGAAACACAGCAGUCCCACCGCGGGCGCAGAGGAGGCAUGCGACAAACGCGUCCUCCACCCUUCCAGCUUCGAUCCCAGCAUUCCUAGCGUCCUGAGGAAGCCUGUGUCCCCGUCACUCUCCUCUCCAGUCUCCUCGUCUCCCUCUCCGGGUCUCAUUCCAAACCGGCCCUCUGUCAUCUGUCACACCACUGUCACCACAGCCAUGCAGGCCAGCCCGACAGCCUCCCACCCUUCGGUCCCAGGAAUGAACUGCGACAGGGCGGCGGAGCUGUUGCAGUCCCUGCAGGCUCAAGCGGUGUUCCGGUGCCGAGACGAAGGGCCUCUCACUACCACCUCCACCACCACCAUCCUUGGCAGCACCAGCAUGGAGGGCAACCUGAGCCCUCGCAGCGGGCUGUUCAACACCCCUCCCCCGACCCCCCCAGACCUGACACAGGACUUCAGCGGCUUCCAGCUCCUGGUGGACGUGGCCCUCAAACGGGCUGCGGAGAUGGAGCUGCAAGCCAAACAGCUGGUGUCCUAAAGGAGGAGGGAAAGGAGACUGACUUUGCGUCUAAAAUCUGGAACACGCCAGUUUAGUGACUUUUUUUCUGCACGCAAGAGAGAACAAACCCACAUGAAAAAGCCUGAUCAUUUCUAUUUUUGGUAUACCAAUCGACAUGAUGAGGAUGUUUUUUUUGUUUUGUUUUUUUAAAAGACUGUAUCAAGGUGCCUUGGCUGUAAGUUUAGUCAUUUCAUAUACAUGCGUAUGUAUCUACAUGUGUAUUUUAUUUGCACACAGGGACCAAAAAAUGUUAUCAAAGAAAUGCUGCCUGUCUUUAUGUCAUUGACUUGUACUGAAUAUCACAGUAGCGGGAUGUAGUCAGAGCUGAAUGAUUCAGAUAGGUCACUCACGUCCACACUCAUUUACGGUUAAAAACAUUUCAGAGUUCCUGAUUGCUCUGCCUCAUUCAUUUGCACACUAAAGGCAGAAAAAAAGGACAUCUCAGUGUCUUACACUUUGCUCUUGGCAUCGAUGAAAAAAACGUAUUCACUACUGUAGUUAAUGUUUAACUGUUUUCAUUAGUUAUGAUUUUUUUUUUCAUUUACUUUUAGCUAUUUUAAGAUACUGUUUUGCUUUAUACUCUUAUUUUCAUACCAAGGGAUAUUUUCAGAUGACCAAUGUAGCAGGUUCUUAGGCUGAGCCUUCACCCCUCAACAUCACUCAGAGAAAACGACGGCCAGUGGACUGUAAAAUUGUAAACACUACAUAUUUGCUGUUUUACAACCUGAAAAAGACUUUUUUUUUAUUAUUUUGAAAUCACCAAAAACAAGCAUUUUUGCCUAUAAUAGGAUCAUGUGUACAGUUAAUGUGACACAAUGCCCAAUGAUGUGAUUUCUUUUCAUACUGUGCAAUGUUUGUGGCAAAAAGUGGUCACAUGGGAUUCAAAUAAAGUUUGCUUUUUUUCUACA